AAAUUACAUGAAUAAAUUAAAAAAUGCAAGUGAGUCCUCGGAGAACGUAGAGGGCGGGGCGGAAUUUGAGAAGUCAACUGAAGCAUAUCGCAUCGCAACAACAACGCAAAUGAGGUGAUGGAAGGAGUGGACACCACAACACUACAAAACCACACAGUCAGUCACACAUACACAACAAGUAGUUACACAAAAAAAUGAAAUCAUCAUCGCUUUCUUCUUCUUCCUCCUCAAAUUCAAAUAGCCACAGCUCCUCCUUCCAGUUCCACUCACCCUCGCCCUCCAGAUUUGCAGAAUCAAAUUCAAAACUAACAAUGUCUUCCGAUUCCGCUCUUCCUCUCCCCGAUAAUCCAAUCAUCGUGGGAUUUGGUGGGCUUGGUGUGGAUAUUUUGGCAGCGGUGCCAUCAUUUCCCAAACCGGAUUCUAAAAUCAGGACCACUCAGCUCAAGGUCCAAGGAGGAGGAAACACUGGAAAUGCUAUGACUUGUGCUGCUCGUUUGGGCUUAAAGCCAAGGAUAAUUUCUAAGGUUGCAAAUGACAUUCAAGGUAAGGGUCUGCUGGAAGAGCUAGAGGCUGAGGGGGUGGAUAAGUCUUUGGUUGUGGUCUCACAGGAAGGGACUACACCAUUUAGUUACAUUAUUGUUGACAGCCAGACGAAAACACGCACUUGUAUAUUCACUCCAGGAUAUCCUCCAAUGGUACCAGAAGAUCUUCCACGAGCAAGUUUGUUAGCUGCAUUGGAUGGAGCUAGAGUGGCCUAUUUUGAUGCAAGGAUGACUCAAACUGCUCUUGUCAUUGCUCAAGAGGCAUUUCGCCAGAAUAUAUCUAUCUUAGUCGAUGCUGAAAGGCCAAGGGAAGGGUUGAAUGACCUCCUGGAAUUGGCUGAUUAUGUUGUAUGCUCAGAGAAAUUUCCAGAGGCCUGGACAGGGGCAUCAUCUAUUCCAAGAGCACUAGUAUCAAUUAUUUUAAGGCUGCCAAGGGUUAAAUUUGUCAUUGCAACUUUGGGAGAAAAUGGCUGUAUAAUGCUUGAGAAAUGUAUAGAUGCAGAGGGUUCUAUCUUAGAAGAAAUGGAUCUGGACAGCUCUUUGAAAUCAUUAACAAUGAGAAAGGAUGGCAGCAUAGCCAUGCCAACUUGCGUUGCCUCGUCUGUUACAAAAUUUAGAGCAGAAGGGAUAGGAUGUGUGUGUGGGAGGUUGUAUAUUGGGACAGCCGAAAAGAUUCCGCCAUCAGAGCUUAUUGAUACAACUGGUGCCGGGGAUGCAUUUAUCGGAGCUGUUUUAUAUGCAAUCUGUGCCAACUUCUCACCAGAGAAAAUGUUGCCAUUUGCUUCUUAUGUGGCAGCUGCCAAAUGUAGAGCUCUUGGUGCUAGGACUGGUCUUCCAUACAGCACUGAGCCAUACCUGGUAUCCUUUGCUAAGUAGAGCUCCAAUCUGGUCAUGGAAAUAGUCAGCAUAGUAUGCAAGAUACAAGGCUCAAGCAGCAUACAAAUUAUGCACUUACAGUUACAUUUCACUUUAUGACCUAUCAUUUAGCUCAAAUGCUUGAAAGUUUUAAUGUAAUAAACUUGUGUCAUAUGCUAAAGCAUCUAAUUUUGGUAAUGGUUGAUUUAUGGUUUUUUUUUUACAUGAUUGUGUAAGUUCUAUUAGAAGUACUAUUUUUAAUUUAAAA